GUUGAUCAAGAAUGAGAUGCUACCUGUAAUUGCUCUGAUAUGGCACAAGCCAGACUGAAAAGGAGAGACAAACAGUAUGAUCAACUUGUACAGGGAACCAGUAAACUGCACAGGGAUAUCGAGAACCUUGAGUCCGCUUACCUCUUACAUCGACAGAUUGUAGAUGAAGAUGAGAACAAUGUCAGGGGGAUGAUAAGGAAGGAGGUUGGAGGCUCUAGAUGGGCACAUGGUGGUGCUGGCAAACUCACAACUUAUAAAUCAAGCAAAGACCUGGUGGACCAGGAGAACAAUGUUCCACAAAAUGACACCAGAGCUCUUCAGUCUGAAAGGUUAAAACAAAAUUCAUCAAAAGACAACCUUAGGACAAAAGUCUUAGAUAGAAAUGACCAAACCUUGAACAUGGAUUUGUCACCAGAGAGGGCAGAUAAAAUUUUAGAUUUAAAGACAAAGGUAUUGAAAAAAGCUAGCUCCCAUGUUAUAAGAAGAGAAACAUGGUCAGCACCAUCAGAUACUAAGUCAGUUAAACCGAACAAAAAUCUUUCUAAAGCUCACCAGAAUAAACCUGAUAGCAAAAACAGCCAUAUAAAAACUAACGCUUCCUCAACAAAACCACAUAAGCCUGUAAGAAGAAGUAAUUCUUUAAAACGUGAACCCAGUGAAUCAUCUAGAUCCCCUACUGCUGUUGUUGAAAAAUCAAAAGAAAAUAAACAAAAGAAAAUCCAAGUACACAGUUCUAGAAGAGAGCCCAAUAAAUCAGUAGCUGAGCAGAAUGGUGUUCAUUCACAAAGAAGGUCUAGAAUUGAUACAUGUAUGUUUAAAGAUAAUGAAAUGAAAGAAGAGGUUUUAGAACAUGUGAAUGGUUUGAUGUUGACUGAAAAUGGUGUUGACAAUAACCAGAAUAAUGGAAAUGAAUCCAGUAGGUCGGUAGGGAGAACAUACACACCCAGGAAAUUCCAGUCCCAUUCAAAUGCUGGAGAGUAUGGUAUGCCUCAAGGAAUUUUCCAGACACAACCCCCAGAACCUCCAGAAAUCUACAUUGAUCCUAGAAAAGGACAGGUUCGUAUUUUGGCUGGGAAAGAUGAAAGCUUUAAUGAUGUUUCUAGUCUAGAGGGAACCAAAGUUCUCAUACAACCUGGUUCUGUUCAUAAUAGUGUUGAUGGGAACAAACUUGCAUGCUCAGUGGUUGAUAAUGUUUUCAGUUCUAGUCCGCAGCAAGAGAUCAGGGAUAUAUUUGGUCUUGAAGACUUUAACACAAGGUCUAAUAGACCAUCAUCUGGAAGACAGGAUAUAACCUCAACUAGUCCAUUUGCAACAAGCAGGCAGUGUAAUUCAGAAGUUGAAUUCUGGUUGCGAGGUUUGGGGAUUCCAGAUGUUGAAAAAUAUGUGAGAAUAUUUGCUGACAAUGAAAUUGAUUUAACAGACCUUGAGUUCAUGUCAGCUUCCCAGCUACAUGACAUGGGAGUUACAGCGUUUGGAGCUUUAGAUAAAAUUCUUAAAGGUAUAAGGGACCUUAAAAACCUGCCUGUUACGCAAAUGGGAAGAAGUGGAGAUAUUAAGUUACAGUCAUCUUCCAUUGCCUGGGAAGAAGUUAACAAUACACAGAAUAAGAAAGCUUCUAAAAAAUCAAAAUUUAAGGCCAGUAAUAAAAUAUUAAAAGAUAAUUCUUGCCAUUCUGAAACAUUUGUAAAACAAUCCGGUGCAUAUGAUGUGUUAGGUGGAACAGAGACAAGCAGAAUCAGAUGUAGUAGUGCCAUGUCGAAUGUUUCAGAAAGUGCUGAAUCUGUGAAAAAUUCUGCUAGAGGAGAAAAUCCUUCUUUUGCAGCCAGUACAAAAUCCAGUAGUGCUAAAUGUACAGAGAAGAGACCUCCUAGUGCUAGAAAUACUGCAAGUGCAAAAUCUAAAUCUGACACAAAACUCAAGAGAAGUAACUCUUCAGCUUCUGAGAAACCAGUAUCAAAGUUAACUAACCUUGAAACUAAACCAGCAAAAGGUGUACUCCUGAGACCAAGAAGCUCAUCAUUAACAAGAGAGUCUGCUAAAAGUGGCAGAGAGAUUCAAAUGAAGAAGAUAGAAGAAAAAAAAGAACCAAGACAGUUGAGAUCUAGAAGCCGAUCUGCAGAUGUUGUAAAAAGGAAAGCAUUGGAAGGUGUACAUGCUGCAGCUAAAAAGUUUGAGGAAAGAAAACAGAAGACAAAGGACAGUGAGAAGAGUUUUCCACCAUAUGACGAGAGGCAGAAGUUGCGGAGAGAUGAGAUGGCUGCCAGGCAUCUGGAAAGGGAGAAAUACAAGGAGAUAACAGCAGAUGGCAACACUACUGACAGUGAUGAUGAUGAUGAGCAAAAGCAAGCAUCUGGUGGUCAUGAUCACAGUCAGGGUCUAGAGAAUCUUGUUACAGUGAAUAUACUGUCUCCUCCUGGAAAAUCAGAUCCUCGCAUGUCGCCUUCCCUGCAUGAAGACAAAAGUAAGACACAUGUUAUAAAACCAGACAUGCGGAAAUCCCUCAGGAGGCUGGAACGGUCUAGAAAACAAACAGUUAGUGCUGUCAAACCUUCAGAACACCAGAUGGAAUCUGAUAUAGAACCUCCUCUGCUGUCAACAUACAAGAUUAACAACAAAGAUCGAGAUAAGAGUCAGUCAGAACCUGAAAGUGGCUACAGGACAGAUGGGAGCACAACAUAUUCUCAGAUUGAAGACAGAGUCUCUGAUAUACAAAGAAAGAUUAAAAGAUUGAAAUCUCGUGCCAGCAGUGGAGAUGAAAUGACCUUGACCCUAGUACAUGACCUGCAGGAACAGCUGUUACACUUUGAGAGACAGUUGAAAGACAAGGAGAGAGAACUGAGGAAUCAGCAUAGUGAUCCAGAGUCAAACCGGGAAUCUAACAAACCAAGCACACCAAAGCUAUCAGCAAGAAAACUAUUAGCUGAUGGGAAUAGGUCAUUUAACUCCAGUCCUAUUUUUGGACUGUUAGAUGACAGCAGGGGAAAGAUGGAGGAUGGAAGUUACGGAAACGCAAGGGAGGGAGUCAGGGGAAGGAUGGAGGAUGGAAGUUAUGGAAACACAGAGGAGGGAGUCAGGAUGAGUAAGAAAGAACUUCUUGAUGAAAUGAAGAAAGAGAAACAACAACACCACAAACAAAUCAGACAGCUACAGUCAGAACUACAGAAGUUUAGACACUCAGAUCCAGUGACAAGUCUGGAGCUGGAUCAGAGAGAUAUCAGUUAUAAACAGGAAGAUCUUGUAGGUGAGGGGACAUUUUCUCGUGUGUACAAGGGUGAAUUCCAAGGGUCAGAGGUUGCUGUAAAACAGCUGAAGAUGUCUUUACAACAGCAAGAUAAAAACUACUUUGCUGCUGAGGUGAGCCUUCUGAAGGAGUUACGCCAUCCUCGUGUGGUGUUGCUGAUUGGUGUAUGUACGUCCAGCAAGCUUCCAGUGAUGGUGCUGGAGUAUAUGUCACAGGGAAGCUUGUUCAGCUACCUACAUAACCCAGAAUGUGAGUCCCUGGAUCACGCCCUGUACUAUCAAGUGUCCAGAGAUAUAGCCCUUGGGAUGAACUACUUACACAGUCACAAACCUCAGGUCUUACAUCUAGAUCUCAAAUCAGUGAAUGUUCUACUGUGCCAGAGUCUUCGUGCAAAAAUUGCUGACUUCGGAUUUUCAAAGUUGAGACUAGAUGCUGGGUUGAAAUCGGGUAGGAAGAAAGCCAAAUCAAAGUCUGGUGGAGGUGCUGCCCCCUUGUGGAUGUCACCUGAGCUUCUAGAUAAAGGGGAGAUAACUGGAAAAUCCGAUGUCUACAGCUUUGGUAUUAUACUGUGGGAAAUGUUGACUAGAUGUUCACCUUACAAAGAUUGCAGUGUUUUCCAGAUUCUGGAAAUGGUAAGAAAGAACAAAAGACCAGGAAUUCCAGACGGCACUCCAGAGGGGCUCAAUCAUCUGAUCAAACUGUGCUGGGAUCAUAAUCCUGCAAAAAGACCUCAAUUUAAGGAUAUUCUACAGAUACUUGAAAACCUUGCAUUCCCACCUGCUUGGAGAGAACUGUUCCAGAAAGCAGGUGUACCUGAAUCUGCUCUUCAAGAUGUCCAGUCUACACGUACCAUCAUCAGCUUGGUUACCGGCACACUCGAUUCUGGGAAAUCUGGGAUACUUCAUAGCUUUCUGGUUUCCCACAGUGAAAAAGGAAACCAGUCUUACAGGAAGGACAAUGUUGAAACCAAAUCAAACUUUAAAAGUGAAAGAGUUUCUACUAAGAAGAAAAAUAAUACUAAGCCAGCCUCAAGAAAUAUGGGCGAAAACUCAUCUAGAAGUUCUGGAAUUUCCUCUAGAGUUUCAAGCCAUUUAGGGGAAUGGGAUAGUGAUACUGUGACCAGUCUGACUGAAAAAGUAUCCUCAGAUGAAUCAGAAUUUACUUUGAAGAAUCUAAGAGACAGUUCUAGUGAGGAUAAUGAUACGAGUUCAGACAGUGAUGAAAGCUCAGUACUGACUUCAGAUGAAGAUAAUAUUUAUUCUAAAUCUGUAAGCAAACAGACUGUGCCAAAGACAGAAAUAAAUGUCAUGAUACCAAACCUUGAGCUUUCCUUGCAGUCCGCAAGAGAUGAAUUUAGAGCCGAAAGGGAGAGAAUUAGUAGAGAUACUUCAGGUUGGGUUUCUGUUAGUCUAGAUGAUCAUACUGACCAAAGCGAACAUCGAAGGAGUCUUGGAAGAGGCACUGACCGAGACAAUGGAGACAUGAGAUUAAGGUUGUCAUCAAGCUUGAGCAAUAGAAGUCCAACACCACCAAGUCCUACCAAAGUGGACAUGUCUGCUCUGAAUGAAUCUGCUAGAAGGAGACGUAGAAACAAAGCCAAGGAUUUGAAUAACUACAGUGAAGAGUUCUUGAUGAGAGAAUCAUUUGAUAACAGGAGACCUCCUUCACCAAAGAAAAAGAAAUCACUGACAAAGAAAAUCAUAGAGAAUCCAGGAAGACUGUCUGAAAGUAGAAGCUCCAAAAUUGCUAGCAGUGAGGAUCUUACUGAAAGGAAUAUACAAAACCAGAAAAUGUCCAGUGCUAAAACAGAAACAUACGCAGAAAAAUCAUAUGACAGUUUCUUUGAUUUGUCAGUAAAGAGACCUGUUACAAAUGGGGCUAAUUUAAGACAGAUAGAUGAUGUGGAUUAUGAAAGCAAAAUUGAAAAUCUGAAAAGGAAUGAAACUGUUAGAGUAAGUGAGAAUAUAGAACCAACAGGCAGAAAAAGUGUUUCUAAAGAAAAUGAGAUUUGUGUUGAGGAUAUGGAAUAUGAAGUAAUGAGUGAAAGAUUUAGUGACAGGAACCAAUUUAAAAGACAGAAUUUAGACUCUGAUGUUAUGGAAAUUACCAGUAAGUAUUCCAAUGAUUCUGAACUAAAUGAUGGUGUGAAUGAAACACAGAUGUCUGUCGUAGACGAGCUUAAACUAAGGAAUAAUCCACAAAUGCAAGAGACUGUGCAAAUGAAAAACUACAGUAGGUCCAAAAAGUUUGAUUCUAAAAAGCGAAAUAUUUCUCAAGAAAAGUUUCCUAACGGAGAAAAAUCACAGCGAUCUGAGAAUGAAGAGACGAAUACAGGUAAUGAAUCUCAAAGGUCUGGAUUUGAACAGGUAAAUGUGGAAAGCAAAGCAAGUAGUGUCAAAUCUGAAAUAUUAAUAGAUGGAAACCACUCUGCAAAACCUGAGAUCAAACAUAUAAGCAGAGAGAACAAACUACAAAAUAUUGAGACUGAUGUAGCAAAUAAAAGUAAUAGAUCUCAAAUGUUAGAGGUUACAGAGAGCAAUAAAGGAACUAGGUCUUUAUUGUCAGAAAGUGAUGGAAUGUCUAAUUGGAACACUGCAGACAGAUUGGAGACUGGAAAGAAAAAUAUUGGUAACAAGUCAUUAAUAUCUGGACUUGAGGACAACAAUAUAUCUGAAAAGGGUAAUAAUGAAGAGGUUCACCAAGGUAACAUUACGCAAACUGACAAACUGAAGUCUGUUGGAAGCAAGAAAACUGAGAAAGAACUUCAAGAUUCUCAUUUUGAUAAAAAUGAUCAAGUAGGCAAGACCAGUAAGUCUGUUGAAUUGUUUGGUGAAAAAGAAGCUAUGUCUUCAAAACAAACUAAAAAUGAUGGUAUAAGGGUAGUGCUCAACACAAUGUUGGCAUCUAGGGAAAAAUCACUAACUGAAUCUUUAUAUGCUGAUAAUAUGAAGUCUUUGGACCCAGCUAUUGCUUUGAAAAAUAAUAUGCAGAUACAGAAUAAGUCCACAAAGGCCGAUGAUGCCAGUCAAAGAAAUACAGACAAACCAGAACAGAUAAGAGUUAAGUUAGAUUUAAGUGAAGUUGUUGAAAAGAAGAAAAAGCCGGUCGUAACUCCUAGAAGGAGUUUGAUGUUGAGUAAUAGGUCUAAAAAAUUGAAUGAAGACACAUUGGAACAGCAUAAGAGUACACAAGAAUGGAAUAAAAGUGAAGUUGAACCUGAAACAGAUAAAUCUAUCCACAAAACUAGUAGGGAAUAUAACACAAUGCUGUUACCUGAAACUGAACAAAGUAAUAGAAAAUCUCAGUCACUAGAUGGCAUUUUGGACAGAGAAAAGGGCCAUGAUAGCGGGUCAACACCUAAAAGGAGAUCACUAUCUAAUCAUAGUGGUGGUACUAACUCUGAAGUGCCAGCUAAUGUAGUCAAACAAUCUAAAAAAGCAGAACAUGGCAAUGCUGAAAAUAUACCAAGUCCAAAGAAAAAUACAAUUAGAGUUACGCUCAGAAAAGAUCCUCUUGCACCCAAGAUGGGUGCGGACACCACAACAGGAAAAAAGGAUGCCCCAUUACUGAUUAGGGAGCCUUCAUCCCCCAUACCCCCACCCCCACCACCUCCACCCCCACAAAUUACCAGGUCUGUCUCAUUAGUCAGUAAAAGUGUACAAAAUAAUGCACCACGAGGCAGUAUGGCUGAUGAACUGAAGUCUAGACUGAACAAAAGGCAAAGUAUUUCUGAGGGAAUGCUUUGUGGAAACAGAGUAUCUGGAAAUAAUGUUUUUGCAAAGCAAUCACCAGGGCCAGCAGGGAGGAAUAUGCAGGUUCCAGGACAGAAUGAUGGUGCGCCUAGACUGGUUAAGAUUUCUGAGAUAGAUGAGAGACUGGCUCCCCAACAGUCAGAAGGUUUACCAUCAUUUGUACUUCAGUCUAUGGAGUUACAAGAUCAGAAGGACCAUUUGAAGUCUAUAUCCAAACGACAUCCUCACCAACUGGAUGAUCUAAGCAAUGCCAGCCAAGAACAACUUACGUCCAUUGCAGAUAUACUGAAAAAGGCUGUAAUGGGACGUCGCCUGGCCAUGGGUGAAGACGGGGACAGUGUCUCACAGAGUAUGGAAUCUGCUGCGACAGGAUGGUCUGUAGAUCUGUAAAAACAUAAUGAGAUACCAGUGACCACAGGAUGGCAAAAUAGUUUGAUAGUCAAGGAACAACUGCACCAGCUUAUCACUUGUCCUAAAACUUUGUUUUGAACUUUUUAAGGUUGUAUGUGGCUCACUAAUUAAGUGUGACUUUAGUGAUGGCUUACAAGUAGUGAUGAGUUUGGCCAAUGAGCCAUGACUUGUAUUGCAGUUUGCUGUUCAGAAUGGGACUUACUUGUUACUGAUUUUCACAAGUCACAAAUAUAUUAGAUAGCCAAAUAUUAUUGUUUUUACACAUAUUUUUUCAAAUAAGAAGGAUAUGUUAUCUUGUAGUGAUAAUAAUCAUUCCAAAGAUAUGAAAACUUACUGCAGCUUGAAUUGUAAGGUUAAACUAUUUGUAAUGGGUUUGCUAGUGCUAAAUGACCAAAGAUUGAUAGAUUACUUGUAAUUCAUUUUUAGCACGACUAUUCGAAGAAUAGGGGAGCUAUCCUACUCGCCCCGGCGUUAGCAUGAGCGUCACACAAAUGUUAAAGUUUGCAUACCACCCCAAAUAUUUUCAAAGUCCAUUGAGAUAUUGCUUUCAUAUUUUGCAUACUUGUUUACCAUCAUGACCCCAGUCUGUAAACAAGAGCAGACAAAUCUAUCAAGCAUUUUGACUGAAUUAUGGCUCCUUUUCGACUUAGAAUAUGCUUAUUAUAAUGUUAAAGUUUGCGUACCACCCCAAAUAUUUUCAAAGUCCAUUAAGAUAUUGCUUUCAUAUUUUGCAUAAUUGUUUACCAUCAUGACCCCAGUCUGUAAACAGGAGCAGAAAACUCUAUCAAGCAUUUUGACUGAAUUAUGGCCCCUUUUCGACUUAUAUAUUUAAGAAUAUGCUUAUUGUAAUGUUAAAGUUUUACUCAUAGCUUAUAUUAUACUAUCAAGCACUGAGAAUAGUCGAGUGUGCUGUCAACUGACAGCUCUUGUUUCUUUCACUUUUGUCUUGUUGUUUGUGCACCAUAUGUGUCAGUCAUUCAGAGAUUAUCUAUUAUUAUUACUUUUAUAGUUUAUUGCACUUGUUAGAAAUAAUGUAGCACAAAUGAAUGUAAUGUUUAUUUAUUUUUUGCCAUUUUUGUCUACAGAUUGAAUGUUUAUAAAUAUAUUGCAAAAGUGUUUGUUAUUAGUGUUUGUUAAAAAAUGUGUUUUUAAGUUGGCAUGCAAUUAGUUGGCAAAGGUUGAAUUUGAUUACUUGACUCAAAGUUUUAUCUGUGACACUUGCAAGAAAGGACUCUUUGACACAUGUAUAAAUAGGUUCUUGGUCGUAUACAAAACUUCUUUUUGGAUAAAAAUUGAGUAUUAAAGGACUGAAUGCCAAUGAUAACACCUGGGAAAUAAAAGGAAAGGUUUGAUAUGUAUGUAGUAUUUUACAUAUGUAACAUCUCAAGCAGGAACACAUGUUGUUAUUUGUAUCACUUGUAUUCUAUUUUUGUUUUGUCUUGGAAGAAUUCUUGCCAUUCUUUCAGACACUGACAUAUUGUCCACCAGGCACAAGCAUUCAAAUGUUGUUUAAAGCAGGAAGAAGAUUAAGCCUUAUUUGUGUAGCAUAUCUUUCUAAUUACUCACCGACUGGUUAAAAGUCAGUUCUUGGGACUAUGUCUAAGGUUUCACUAUCAGAUACACUAAUUGAAUUGGAUUGUGGGCUGAUAAUUUUGACUAUUGACCAGCAAGUCACUUAAUAAGUGUUUCAUUACACAACAUAAUAAAUAAAUUUUCACAUAUUUUUACUGUUACUUAGUAAAUACAUUAAUAUGGAUUGGUCAUAUAUUGUUAGCUCAUCUGAUUUUUUGAAAAAAAAUGAUGAGUUAUUGUCAUCUCUUGAUCGGCGUCGAUGUCGGCGUUGCCUGAUUAAGUUUUAUGUUUAGGUCAGCUUUUCUCCUAAACUAUCAAAGCUGUUGUUUUAUAACUUGCAACACUUGUUCACCAUCAUUAACUGAUUCUGUACAGCAAGAAACAUAACUCCAUCCAGCUUUUUGCAAGAAUUGUGGCCCUUUUUGGACUUAUAGAAAAUAUCGGAUUUCUUGGUUAAGUUUUAUGUUUAGGUCAACUUUUCUCCUAAACUAUUAAAGCUAUUGCUUUGAAACUUGCAACACUUGUUCACCAUCUAAAGCUGACUCUGUACAACAAGAAACAUAACUCCAUCUUGCUUUUUGCAAGAAUUAUGGCCCCUUUUGGACUUAGAAAAUCAGAUUUCUUGGUUAAGUUUUGUGUUUAGGUCAGCUUUUCUCCUAAACUAUCAAAGCUAUUGCUUUAAAACUUGCAACACUUGUUCACCAUCAAAAGCUGACUCUGUACAGCAAGAAACAUAACUCCAUCCUGCUUUUUGAAAGAAUUAUGGCCCCUUUUGGACUUAGAAAGUAUCAGAUUUCUUGGUUAAGUUUUGCGUUUAGGUCAACUUUUCUCCUUUACCAACAAAGCUAUUGCUUUAAAACUUGGAGCAGUUAUGGGCCAUUAAAAGCUGACACUGCACAGCAAGUACCGUAACUCUGCAUUGCUUUUUGCAAGAAUUAAUGCCCCUUUUGGACUUAAAAAUUCAUGGGUAGGUCAAUAUUUCUAUUAUACAGAGACAAACAAAUCAUAUGAGAUCUGUCAUAUAUAUGAGGAGUCGUGUAAUAAUGUGUACUAUAAAUAUUCUGUAACUUCAUUGCACAUUCCAGUAAUGUUAUUUACAUUUGUAGAACAGCUGACUUUUUUUUCAGCAUCAUGCCACAUUCCAUUAUUUACAUAUAUGUUUUAAAUAAUUUUUUUAUAUACAACAUACCUCAAAGAAAAAAAAAAUGUUUUCAAAUUUAUAUGUUGUUGUUAUACAUCACAUUUGGCUAGAAUAAAGACGCAUUAUUUAAUCAUUACACAUCAAAACUCCUACCUAUAUUUUAUUCACUGAUAAGAUUUAGAUGUAUAUUUAUUAUUUCUGAAGUAAAAAAUGACAUGUGUCAUAUGACUGAUGCUGUAAUAACAAGACAAUAGUUUGCAUACUGUCUCUGGUGUGAAUAUGUAAUUUCUGACACUGUUUAUGAAAUUAUUUAAUGGUUAGUCUUACAUUUUGAGAAAAAAACUCAGACAACAUCAAAUCAAAGAAAGAAAGGGUUUUUUUUCACAUCAAAAUUGAACAGCAUAUAAAAACAUGCAUAUUACUUUACAAAACAAUUGUCAGAUUACUGAUAUACCGGUGUACAUUGAAUUUCAGGAAAGGACUGCUCAAAGAGGCCACACUUACGGACAGUAAGCUCAUGAUUUUCAAAGAACUGUUACAUAUCUUCAUUUUGAUAUAUUUACAAUAAUGUCCCAGUGCUGAAAUUUCACAUAACUAGGUGGAACAUAGUUCUCAGCAGUUGUUUAUUUUAUUAUCUUUACAAGUGGCAUUCAUUUUUAAAGGGGGACAACAUUUUGAGAAUAUUUUAAGUAUCCAUCUUACGGGGUAGUACGGUAGUGAAUGAUAAGACUAAUGGAUAGGUAGAUUGUUAGUAAUGAUGUUGUUUGUUAAUCAAAUAUUUCUGUGUUUUGAUGAUAUACUUCUAAACCUAAUGGGUUUAGAUACAUAUCAUGUUAAGUCUGUUAUCAGUCAAAUUGUGACAACAUUUGUCAGCCAUUUUUUAGCUCGACUAUUCGAAGAAUAAGUAGAGCUAUCCUACUCACCACGGCGUCUGUGUCAGCGUCGGCGUCGGCGUCACACCUUGGGUUAAGUUUUUCGUACCAGUCCACAUUUUGACAAAGUCUUUUGAGAUAAAGCUUUGAAACUUUCAACACUUGUUUACCAUCAUCAUGGCCAGUUAUAGGCAAGAGCACAUAACUCAGUCAAGGAUUUUGGCUGAAUUAUGGCCCCUUUUGACUUAGAAAUCAUGGUUAAGUUUUUCGUACCAGUUCAUAUUAUUAUUAUUAUUAUACCAGAUUUAUAUAGCGCCCUUUUCAUGAUAAACACGUUCAAAGGCGCUUUACAGCAACUGCAGCCACACAGGGCGCGAAAUCAUCCUCUACUAGUACAGACACAGAGCGAUCUGACCAGAUGGACAGAGUGAGACAAAGCCCCCACAGGGAGAUCAGAAAUUUUGACAAAGUCUUUUGAGAUAAAGCUUUGAAACUUUCAAUAUUUGUUUACCAUCACCAUUUCCAGUUAUAGGUAAGAGCACAUAACUCCAUCAAGGACUUUGGCUGAAUUAUGGCCCUUUUUGACUUAGAAAUCUGUGUUAAUAUUUCGUACCAGUUCAUAUUUUGACAGUCUUUUGAGAUAAAGCUUUGAAACUUUCAACACCUGUUUACCAUCACCAUGUCCAGUUAUAGGCAAGAGUACAUAACUCCAUCAAGGAUUUUGGCUGAAUUAUGGCCCCUUUUGUCUUAGAAAUCAUGGUUAAGUUUUUCGUACCAGUUCAUAUUUUGACAAAGUCUUUUGAGAUAAAGCUUUGAAACUUUCAAUACUUGUUUACCAUCACCAUGUCCAGUUAUAGGCAGGAGUACAUAACUCCAUCAAGGAUUUUGGCUGAAUUAUGGCCCUUUUUGACUUAGAAAUCUGGGUUAAUAUUUCGUACCAAUUCAUAUUUUGACAAAGUCUUUUGAGAUAAAGCUUUGAAACUUUCAACACCUGUUUACCAUCACCAUGUCCAGUUAUAGGCAAGAGUACAUAACUCCAUCAAGGAUUUUGGCUGAAUUAUGGCCCAUUUUGACUUAGAAAUCUUUGUUAAGUUUUUCGUACCAGUUCAUAUUUUUAGCUCACCUGAGCAAUGCUCAGGUGAGUUUUUCUGAUCGCUCGAUGUCCGGCGUCCGUCGUCCGUCGUCUGUCGUCUGUCGUCCGUCGUCUGUCGUCUGUCAACAUUUAGCUUGUGUAUGCGAUAGAGGCUGUAUUUUUCAAUUAAUCUUCAUGAAUAUUGGUCAGAAUGUUAACCUUGAUGAAAUCUAGGCCGAGUUCGAAAAUGGGUCAUCUCGGGUCAAAAACUAGGUCACUAGGUCAAAUCAAAGAAAAACCUUGUGUAUGCGAUAGAGGCUGUAUUUUUCAUUUAAUCUUUAUGAAUAUUGGUCAGAAUGAUAACUUUGAUGAAAUCUAGGCCGAGUUCGAAAAUGGGUCAUCUCGGGUCAAAAACUAGGUCACUAGGUCAAAUCAAAGAAAAACCUUGUGUAUGCGAUAGAGGCGGUAUUUUUCAAUUAAUCUUCAUGAAUAUUGGUCAGAAUGAUAAUCUUGAUGAAAUCUAAGCCGAGUUCGAAAGUGGGUCAUCUGGGGUCAAAAACUAGGUCAUAGGUCAAAUCAAAGAAAAACCUUGUGUAUGCGAUAGAGGCUGUAUUUUUCAAUUCUUCUUCAUGAAUAUUGGUCAGAAUGAUAACCUUGAUGAAAUCUAGGCGGAGUUCGAAAAUGGGUCAUCUUGGGUCAAAAACUAGGUCACUAGGUCAAAUCAAAGAAAAACCUUGUGUAUGCGAUAGAGGCUGUAUUUUUCAAUUGAUCUUCAUGAAUUUUGGUCAGAAUGAUUGCCUUGAUGAAAUCUAGGCCGAGUUCGAAAAUGGGUCAUCUCGGGUCAAAAACUAGGUCACUAGUUCAAAUCAAAGAAAAACCUUGUGUAUGCGAUAAAGGCGGUAUUUUUCAAUUGAUCUUCAUGAAUUUUGGUCAGAAUGAUUACCUUGAUGAAAUCUAGGCCGAGUUCGAAAAUGGGUCAUCUUGGAUCAAAAACUAGUCACUAGGUCAUAUCACGUAAAAACCUUGUGUAUGCGAUAGAGGCUGUAUUUUUCAAUUGAUCUUCAUGAAUUUUGGUCAGAAUGAUUACCUUGAUGAAAUUUAGACCAAGUUCGAAAAUGGGUCAUCUUGGGUCAAAAACUAGGUCACUAGGUCAAAUCAAAGAAAAACCUUGUGUAUGCAAUAGAGGCGGUAUUUUUCAACUGAUCUUCAUGAAAUUUAGCCAGAAUGAUUACCUUGAUAAAAUCUAGGCCGAGUUCGAAAGUGGGUCAUCUGGGGUCAAAAACUAGGUCACUAGGUCAAAUCAAAGAAAAACAUUGUGUAUGCAAUAGAGGAUGUAUUUUUCAAUUGAUCUUCAUGAAAUUUGGUCAGAGUGAUUGCCUUGAUGAAAUCUAGGUCGAUUUUGAAUAUGGGUUAUCUGAGGUCAAAAACUAGGUCACUAGUUCAAAUUAAAGAAAAAUCUUGUGUAUGCGAUAGAGACUGUUUUUUUCAAUUGAUUUUUAUGAAAUUUGGUCAGGUUGAUUGCCUUAAUGAAAUCUAGGUCGAAUUUGAAUAUGGGUCAUCUGAGGUCAAAAACUAGGUCACUUGGUCAAAUCAAAGAAAAAACUUCUGUAUGUGAUAGAGGCUGUAUUUUUCAGUUGAUCUUCAUGAAUUUUGGUCAGAAUGAUUGCCUUGAUAAAAUCUAGGUCGAGUUUGAACAUGGGUCAUCUAGGGUCAAAAACUAGGUCAUAUCUAAGAAAAUGCUUGUUUUAUCGCAAGAGACCAAUUUUUUGGUCCAAUCUUAAUGAAAAUUGGUCAGAAUAUUUGUUUCCAUGAAAUCACUAGGUCAAACAUGUUUUAAACUGUUAUGGAGUGUUUCUUAGGUGAGCGACCUAGGGCCAUCUUGGCCCUCUUGUUUGUAAAGUGUUUGACAUAUGGCUUUGAAACUUUUAUCACUUGUUUAGUAUAAUAGUCUCUAUCUGUAGGAAAGAGAACAUAACUCUGUCAUCUAUUUUGGCUGAAUUAUAGUCCUUUUUGGAUUUUGAAAUUGGUUCUGUUUUCAUACAAGUCCAUGUUUUGUCAAAACUAUUUGACAUAUGGCCUUUAAACUUUGAACACUUGUUUAUCAUUAUGAUUUCCAUCUGUAGGCAAGAGUACAUAACUAUUUUGACUGAAUUAUGGCCCUUUUUGGACUUUGAAAUUGGCUUAUAUAUUGCCAUUUAGUGCAAGACUUAUCGAAAUCAAAGUAAUACAGGAACAUUGUUUGUCUAAUCUAUUUAUUCCUUUUGUCUGAAUAAACGUGGAAAUAUUUUGACCCCAUUCUUCAAUCAAUUCUUCGAAUAGUCGAGCGCGCUGUCAUCAGACAGCUCUUGUUUAUCAUCUUGUGUUGGUCAUCUCAGUAUAGUAAAGUUCUCAGUUACUGUUGUAGUUGUGUAGUUGCAAUGCAUUCUAUUCAAAAUGAUAGGUUUUUUAGUAACGAUAGUUUUUUAGUUGUUUUUAAGGAUAUUUAGUUAGCCUAAGAUUAAGCUAAGCCUAAGAUCAGAUUAAACAUUGUCUUAAAUUUUGACUUUUUGACUUUUGUUAAGUAUAGCCCCAUGUAGUUCUGGGACGAUCUGUGUAUGAAAAGAAUUGGAACCACUGCCUUACCCUUGCCUUGCAUGAUAGUAAGAGGCAAUUAAUAGGGUCUUAACACUUGGAUUUGAUGUAACUCUGUGAUUCCAGCAGGUAUGCAGAUUUUGAUUCCAUACCUCAUGUUUUUAUUUCGAUGUAAAUGAGAUGUGGAACCAAAAUUUGUAGUCCAGUUUGGCGCCAUAUAACCUAUACUGUGUUGGUGCACCGUAAAACCCAAAUAAAUAAAUAAAUAAAUUUGUUAAUUAUAACAAAAUCUGAAAACAUCCUUUGAAAAACUUCAGACUUUAUGAUCAAUUUCAUCACUGCUACAACCGAAGUGAAUGAUCUUUUUAGAUUUGGAGAUUAACUUUCCCAGGUCAUUUGCAAUGAAAAUACUAGGUAAAUCAUUUUUUCUGUUUAAAAAUUCUUCGAAAUUAUUUCAAGCAUUUUGAAUCUUAACCUGUAUCUUCAUGAGCACAUCUAAGUAUUUGCCAGGAUUAAAAUGUUUGCAAUUAAACUUAAACAAACUUUGCUUUCAACGUCUUAAAGACAUUGCUUUAUUGACGUUUCAGUCACAAAUUCCUAACAGUUUACAUGCAGAUGACCUGUUAUCAGGACCAUAAUAUAAAUUUUAUAUUUAUCAAGAUGUAGUUGCACAAAGAUUGUUUUCCUUUACAUUUUGUUUUUCUGAACACUGAUCUUUCUCCGUCCUGUAGUAUACAGCAUUAUAUGUAUUUCUUUGAGGGUUUAUAUAUGUUUAGAAUCUGUAUGCUAGAAGCAUUUGUGAUAAGUUAUUUUAUUUAUUUUCCUGUUUGAUUCUUAUUUUGUCGAAAGAUGGCUAGAAUAAACAUAUGUAAUAAAUGAUGCUUAUUGUUUUGUUUGCACCUUCUGUACAUAUAUUCUACAUAUUUAUUACUAACAUGAAUUAUGUGUUCCAUGCACCCAGUGAUGGGAUGCAGAAAAUAGGAAAAUGAUGGAUGCAUAUAUGUCUAAAUAUUUAUGUUAUUGGUAUUAUGGAGGAUAACUCAUAAUCAACUUGAAAGCAACAUGGAAUUAUAACUGUACAUCGAUUUUGUCCUGUCAGUCUGUCUGUCUAUUAUGAACUUUUCUUGACUAUUACUAUAGCUUGAUGGAUUUCAACCAAACAAUUUGCAAGAAGGUUCAAUAUCAUGGCUACUUUUGUAUAUUAUUGGCGUUUUCAGGUUGAAUUUGUUUCCUGAGUUAUGGCCCCUUAAAGGUUAAUUUUUAAAUUAAGGUAUUAGAUCACUAAUUGUAAUGUUUACAAUAUGGCCUUUGCUUGGUAUAUUCUGAAAGGUAACCGUGUUUCACACUAUUUUGCAAUUUUUAAACAAUUUUUACCGUGCCGUUUUUUUUUAUAUAUUUUGUAUAACUUAUGGUAUCUCCUCAAGCUCAAGUAGAGACAAAUUUCAAAGUGAUGACCACUAUCCAAAACAUUUGCAGAGAACUCAUUUUAC